AUGCCACACUUAUCUUCCCAUGGGCUCGACCUUCUCCAUCAUGUCUUGGAUAACGCCGAACCGGCGGCUGCCAGAUAUCCUCGAUCUCCCACGUCCCCCAGCCAAAGGGAGCCUCUGACGUCAAGCUGGGACAUACCUAUAAUCGUAACUGGAAGAGGAUUGCAACUUGUAUGGAGGAUGAGGCAUUGUAUCGUUUCAUCAACCGGAUAUAUUGGUAACUGGAGAAUUGUAUUCGCUUGCAUCUAUCGUCAAAAGGAGAGGAUCACUAAUGCUACACCAUGGAAGUACGGAGCCUUUGUCAGGUCUUCUCUUGCAUUGGGUCUUAUCAAGCAAAGAGAAGGCAUCCUUGCCAUAUUACUGGAGCUCUGCCACAGCCGGGGAUCCCUUGAACACCCGGUAGGCCUCUCAAACGAAGACGUCCGGGACGAUCUGAUUGAUGAAACGUCCCUUCGAAAGUCCCUCCGUGGACGUCCCUUCAACCCAGAUAAAGUCCCUACGCAAAUCAACGAAGAGCAAGAAAUACGCCCGAAACAAGCAGCAUACGACACUAUCGGGAUUACCGACUUUGAGAAUACCAAGAACAUGCCACCACGACGAGCUACGGCAAGGACCGGAAAACUCCCGACGCGACGCGAUGGAUCAUUCUGUUCCAGUGAUGACCUGACCUGUGCUCGGCCAUGCAGCGAGACCACCAACCCCGAGAACUACAUUGGACCCCUGACAAGCGCGGUUCAUCUCGUCGAUAUUGCCAGCUUUGCGUUCAAACAGGCGUGGAACACAUCAAACGACAAUGAUUACGAGCAUCAACCGGACCGAUGUACCUACCUGAUUCACCCCCACGGCCUACGAGUGAGGAGGCUCAAAGAAGAGCCCAAUUGCUUGGACAUGAAACCGGCGUAG